AUGGCGCGAAUCACUGCAGCUCUUGCUGUGAUUCCCUUGUUUGCUGUAUUUCCGAGCAUGGAGGCAACGCAGUAUGUUGUUGGUGAUGACCAGGGUUGGAAUUCUGAUGUUGAUUACUACUCUUGGAUUGCUGGCAAAACUUUUCAUGUUGGAGAUUCUUUAGUUUUCAGUUAUACACUGGGCGAUCACAAUGUAGUUGUAGCAGCUAAUUCUAAUGUGUAUGAUAAGUGUGCUACUACUCCAAACUUGGGGGUCUGGACAAGUGGCAGUGACGUCUUAACCUUGCCCAGCACGGGUACCUAUUAUUUCUUGUGUGAAUUUCAUUGCGACUUCAGCGAGCAGAGGAUUAAAGUAGAAGUGAACAGUUGA